CAGGGUCAUACGGUAUCUCAAGGUCAGGCUGUGCUUGGUCAAUUGAAUUUUGGUUAAAGCCACGUAUUUGAUGGUUUACUACCUGUGAUGGAAAUAUCAGAUCGAUCUUCUUGGAGGUCAUUCCAACUUGGAUGUAUGGGUGGAGCAAUCAGCACAGUACUCUGUCAGCCAUUGGAUGUGAUAAAAACGCGUUUACAGACCAAAGUUGUUCUUGGCCUACCUCCUUUAGGAGUUCGACAAGCUAUAAGUCAAAUUUACACGAAUGAUCUUGCAAUUGGCGGUAGAAUUACUUCUGUAUCACAUGUUUUGGAAGUUUGUGGACGAUUAAGAAAUUUUUGGACUGGAACUUAUCCAUCAUUAUGGCGUUGUGUUCCUGGAAUUGGUGGUUAUUUUAUGUGCCUUGAUAUCUUACAAGAUGUAACAACGAGAUGGGAUUUCCUGACCACUACCACAUACACACCGACAACGGCAGUAAGAUCAUUCCUCCUAGCUUUUACAGCUCGUGGUAUUGUCGCCUUUUGCUUAGAUCCAUUCGUUGUAAUUAAAACUCAACUCGAAUCAGGUCUGUAUGCCGAAGAUCGUAGAAGUAUGUUGAGAACAUUCCGAAGGGUUUAUUCCUCGGCAAAAUGGAAAGGUCUAUACAGUGGUGUUUGGGCAUCAAUCAUGCGAGACUGUCCAUAUUCUGGCUUAUAUUUAGCCACAUAUACUAGUUUACUUCACUACACUGGUCUUUAUUCACCAUUCCAGAAAAAUACUGAUAAGUCUUUUCUUUGUAUAUCUGGAUGUGCUGCAUUAGCUGCGUGUUUUGCAACUACUAUUACUCAUCCAGCUGAUCUUAUACGUGCUCAUCGUCAACUUCUUAUCAGAGAAAUAUUCUAUGAAAAGUUAACUAAUCAAAAUUCAAUUUAUCAAAAUAAAAAUUUCAAUAAACCAACACUAUUUCAUGUAUUAGAAAGUACUUAUCAAAAUUAUGGUAUAAAAGGAUUAUGUCAAGGUUUAAGUUUAAGGCUACUUAGACGUACAACAUUUGGAGUAGUUUCUUGGACAUUGUAUGAAUUUUUUGUUUAGGCUUUUUUAUUAAUCAUUUAAUGAAUGAAGAGAUAUGUGUAGACUCUGUGAUAACCAACACAAAACUAUCAAGUAUUUUCUGUUUUUUUGUAUCAUUGUUUUUCGUUAUAUUUUUAGGAUCAUUUACAAGUUAAUGUUUGCAUUUAUAAGUAAUUCUUUUUGUACAGUUUACUUUGAUCAACCACUCAACUAAUCGAUUGUGUUGCAAUUUACCCCAGUUUAUUUUGUUUCAUAAACUAUUCUGGAUACAAAAAGUGUAAAUGAAUGAUAGUGACCUGGAGUUAGCAAUCAUAGUAGUUUUACUAGUUAUUAUUUUUCCCUUGGGUUCCUAGUACAACAAUAGGGCUUCAGUAGCACGUCUCCAGUGAACUCUGUUCUCUGAGAUCUUUUGUACCUUGUUCCACGACAGCCCAGAAGCUCUCAUUUCCUCCUCGCACGACCUCCUCCAUGUCACCCUCACCUCGGACGUCCAACUCGUCGCUUCCCAUGGGGAUUCCACUCGAGCAACUGGCCUGACCCGUGAUGUCCCCAGUCGGCCUUCUCAGUGCAUGCCCAAUCCAUCUCCACUUCCUUCCAGUGCAUAUUUGUUGCGUGAUAGGUUCUUGGUUGGUUCGUUCCCAGAGCUCCUUGUUGCUUAUUCUUUCUGGCCAUCUGAUCUUCAGUAGCGAGCGUAAGCAGUUGUUGAUGAAUGUCAACAAGAUAGUGAUAUGAAUUAGGCGGGGGAGAAAAAAAUGCUUUUUUUGUCUGUUACAACAAUGAUGACAACUUUUUGAGUAGUUGAAUACAAUUUCUGUCUCUCUUCCCUACUGCUCAUAUGUUACAUAUCACUUCUUGAUUAUAUCAAGCGGUGAAUUAUCUUUGGUAAUAUAUUAAAACUAUUAUUAAACCAUUUAUGAAUAAAAUCUGGGAAACUUUCUCAACUUAUUUUUCUGUAUUUUUAUGUUAGAAAAAACAUUUCAAAUUUUCAUUUAUUUGUAAAGUUUUUAUGAGAUGAAAACAGUUCAUUAUACCCACUUAACUAUCUAGUUAUUGUUUUGAGUCAGUAGGAUAA